UUUUUUUUUUUGAAAGAGUAAGGGUUUGAUAUAUAUAUAACCAUAUAGAGUGGGUACGUAGUUGUAGAUGAAUACAAAUGACUAAGAAAGUAUAUUGAAAGGCUACAAUUCGAUGAAAUUUGUUCUGACUUCUGAAAACACGAUUUUUGCAGAUUUUUAAUUUUGUUAUUAAAGAAACUUACUAAUAAUAUGUUCAACAUAAGAUGACAAAAAAAAAUGUUCAAAAUUAAGUGUCGUUUCUUGUGUCCAGCCAGAUUAGGUGCGAUCAGUCGAUGAGAUUCUGAUAAAAAUACAAUACAAAAGUGUGUUCACUUAUUAAAAAACGAAAGUUUAUGUACAUGAAAUCAUUUCAGUAUUUUUCAUGUUUCUUUCGUUGAAUACGUAACUACAUGACUGCUCAUAAAUACAUUUUGAGUCACAGAAAGAUUAAGAGAAUAAGUGCAAACGGCAAUAGAAUGGAAGUGUAAUAUGCGUUGAAACAUAGAAGAUGGAACCCGUCGUACCAUAAAACACUUGAUUAGGAGUUGAGAGUGGAGGGAGGAGUGAUGGUGGGAGAUUAGUGCUACGAACAAAGAAUAUUUUAAAACUAAAGAGAAUUAUUAUAUAUGAUUAUAGGUUUGAUUAAAUGUUUAAUAUUUGACCAUAUAUGGCAACGAUGGAACUAAAGGUGAUUGACGUGGGUCCUCGUAUGUCUGCUCUCAUCAUUUGAGCCGUCGAUGCCGGAUCUACUGACGUCAUGCAUUCACACCAUUUGUCUGUAUUUUGGAAGCUUUGUGAUUAUUUCCCCAACUGGACUUUCAUAUAAUUAUCUUAGUAUUUCUCCUUAUGAUAUUUUUCCUUUCUUUGGUAAAAAUUUAAAAUAAAUUAUUCUUACAAAGUUUACAUUAUUUAUCAUUUUUUAUAAAAAUAGGAAAAUAUCCAAAGUAUUAUCAAGCCAACUAUGUGUAGAGCUGUUUUUGACAAAUUAAUAAGUUGAAAUCUAAGCUCAAAUCUCCACUUGGUGUUCUACAUGGUGCUAACAAGUAACAAAUGUUCCAACUUCCAAGCAUGGAAUAUACUUAGAAUGUAAUACGGUGUCGUGUCUGUCUGUUGUUGGAAAAUAAUUGGGCCCAUCAGUGGCCCAUUACAGUAUUCUCAUUCGCCUCGUACACGUGUUGCGUGUCUAGUGCGUCUUGUUCCACGCUCGUCAAAUUGUUUGUGCCCCUGCGGUUUCUUUUCCCCGCAGGUUAAGAUAUGAUCCCAAGGCAUUGAAGGCGACAGCUCUUUGUGCGUGCGUAUGUUUCGUUUUGAUCCAACAUUCCUAAAACUCCAGAAACUGAUCAAAAUGGGAGAAGCUGGUCAAUCCAGAGAAGGAGAAUCUAUCACCCCUCUACUUGGCGGUGGAACUGGGAACAAAGUGGCUGUACCACCACAACAAUUUAAUUCUUUACCAGCUCCUAAUGAAAAUGCUUCUUAUAUAAAUCAAGCAACUUCUUACUUGGGGAGCUAUUUCUCUCACUCUUCAGAAUAUGGUGGUAAAGAUUCUUGUAAAUCUCUUUCCCACCCCCAUGAGUUGCUACGAUCAACAUCAGGAGGUGAUGGGGAUUCUCCAGUAAGCGUAUGCGUUUCUCCUGGUGCAAGGUGUUCAACUUCAUCAGAGUCCCCUACUUCUGCAGCCAACAGCCCAUCAGCAGAAUCUACAGACACUCCCUCGCAGGCAUCAAAUGCAAUUGUGACAUCGAAUUGGUUAGGUUUAAGUGGCACUUCCAUGUUCCAAGGGCUUAUUGAGCGGGCACUAAGGACUGUCCGUGGCUCAGCAGACGAUAUAGGAUGGUUACAACGUGACCCGGAGAUGCCUCCUGUUGAAGAUGGAACUGAUAGGUUCAAUAGAAUCCUAGAAGACAUAGGGCAUGGUGUACACAGGCUUCCAAAUACUGUUGUGUACUUGUUGGUUCCAGGUCUUUUCAGCAAUCAUGGACCUCUUUAUUUUGUGGAUACCAAAACUAAAUUCUCAAAGAUGGGUUUAGCUUGUCAUAUUGCAAAGAUUCACAGCGAGUCUUCGGUUGAGAAAAAUGCGAGAGAGAUAAAGGAAUACAUAGAGGAACUAUGUUGGGGAUCAAAUAAAAAGGUUCUACUACUUGGGCAUAGCAAAGGAGGUAUAGAUGCAGCAGCUGCUUUAUCACUAUACUGGCCUGACUUAAAGGAUAAGGUCGCUGGGUUGGUAUUAGCACAGAGUCCAUAUGGUGGAAGUCCAAUAGCUACUGAUAUACUCCGUGAGGGACAACUUGGUGGUUAUGUCAACAUGAAAAAAAUCAUGGAGAUUAUGAUCUUCAAAGUCAUAAAGGGUGACAUACAAGCUUUGGAAGAUUUAACAUACGAAAGGAGAAAACAGUUCUUGAAGAACCAUCCGCUUCCUCAAGAACUCGCCACGGUCUCAUUCCUUACAGAAGCUAGCAUUAGUCCAGCGGCUCUAGCCACUUUCUCACACGUUGCACAGGCUGAGCUUCCUCUCACGAAGCUUCCAGUGGUAAUGCCACUUGGCGCCGCAAUGGCUGCUUGCGCCCAGCUGCUUCAAGUCAGAUACGGGGAAAAGAGUGACGGGCUGGUGACUUGCUGCGACGCGGAGGUUCCUGGUUCAGUGGUGGUUAGACCAAAACGUAAACUAGACCAUGCAUGGAUGGUUUACUCUUCGUUGAACGAGGCUCCUUUGGAAGCUGAUGCUGCUCAAGUUUGUGAGGCUCUCUUGACGUUGCUUGUCCAAGUUGAGGAAGAGAAGCAACGUCAACUCGAUUGAUAUAACGUUCUUUUUUUCUUUGUAACAGUUGAUAUAACGUUCUUGUAACACAAACUUACAUUUUCUUCUUUCGUCUUGAGACUUUAAAUUGUUUUUGUUUUAUACUACUGUAAUUAUUGAUUAAUAAAAAAUUCCACGACUUUUUUUGGUAUUUCUGAUUUAUUUGAUUAAAUGGAUAAGAAUCACUUAGAGCAUCUCCAAUGGUGUUAUCCACCAUUGAAGUCUUUAUAUAAUAGUAGUUUUUUUUUUUGAAUAGUUAAGAACUCUAAUUCUAAUUGUAUGUCUAAUGGUGUUAUCCAUUAUGGAAUUUUUAGAUCGAUUUGAAACCCUCAAUCAUCCUGAACCCUAAAAUGAUUUAUAACUCAAUUCCGAACCCUAAAUCAAUUUAGAAGUCAAUCCCAAUUCGAUUUGAAACUCUCAAUCUAUUAAAACCCCACGAUAGAACCCUAAAACUGACUAAAUCAACAUGCAUCAACUCCAAAUGCAAAAAUAUUGAGCUAAAUAACUCCGAUUUAUACCUUCACCGUUUCAUGAUUGCCAAAUUGUCUUUCACCUUCGAGAGUUUUUUUUCGUGAUGAAGAAAGAGAGUGAAUAUUUUUUUCCACACGCGAAACACAAUCCCCAGCCGGACCACUCACGCCUUGCUACGUUCUUAAGGAUUUGAUCCUUAAACGAUCAAUCCUUCGGUUACGAAUUUUUUUUUAUAUUAUUUAUAUGUCAUUUGCGUAGGUAAUCGCGCUAAGGACUCAUUACGAACCUGCGUUGCGGGUGCUCUUAUUAACGCGAUGAGCUUAGAUUGGCUUAAUUAUUCUGCAUGUCGUUUUCACUUAAUUAAUCAAUGUUUAAUAUCUUAUUCAAUGUAAUAGAUUGACUUGGGCCUCGCCACCACAGAGCUUAAAUUCAACAAUG